GGGCACGGCGGCGGCAUGGCGGGCGGGGCGGCGGGCGAGGUGCAGUGCCUCAGCUACGCGGGGUGCAACUUCCUGCGGCAGCGCCUGGUGUUGUCCACGCUCAGCGGGCGGCCGCUGAAAAUCCACAAGAUCCGCUCCAAGGAGGAGGACCCUGGCCUCAGGGAUUUUGAAGCAAGUUUUAUUCGCCUGAUUGACAAAGUGACCAAUGGCUCUCGGAUUGAAAUAAACCAAACAGGUACCACCUUAUAUUAUCAGCCUGGUCUUCUGUACGGAGGCUCGUUGGAACAUGACUGCAGCCCCAGUCGUAGUAUUGGCUACUAUUUGGAAGGUCUGCUCUGCCUGGCACCUUUCAUGAAACAUCCACUGAAGAUUGUCUUGAGGGGAGUAACAAAUGAUCAAGUAGAUCCUUCCGUUGAUGUUCUUAAGGCAACAUCUCUACCCCUACUGAAGAAGUUUGGAAUUGAUGGUGAAGGUCUGGAAAUCAAGAUCAACCGGAGAGGAAUGCCUCCCAAAGGGGGUGGAGAGAUACUGUUUGCUUGCCCAGUGAGAAAAGUCUUGCAGCCUAUUCAGUUCACAGACCCUGGCAAAAUCAAACGCAUCAGAGGCACUGCAUACUCUGUCAGAGUGUCACCACAGAUGGCAAACAGAAUGGUGGAAUCUGCAAGGAGCAUCCUGAAUAAAUUCCUGCCAGACAUAUAUAUCUACACAGAUCAUAUGAAGGGGGUCAGCUCUGGAAAAUCACCAGGUUUCGGCAUGUGCCUUACUGCAGAAACCAUCAAUGGCACUAUUCUCAGUGCUGAGCUAGCCUCAAACCCUCAGGGCCAGGGAGAAGCUGUGCGUCCUGAGGAACUGGGCCAGAACUGUGCUAAGCUGUUGCUUGAAGAGAUCUACAGGGGAGGCUGUGUAGAUUCAACAAAUCAGGGCCUUGCUCUGCUCCUUAUGACCCUUGGCCAACGGGAUGUUUCCAAAGUCCUGUUAGGACCUUUGUCUCCAUACACAAUUGAGUUUCUGCGACACCUGAGAAGCUUCUUCCAGAUCAUGUUUAAAAUUGAAACAAAGACCCCUGAGGAAGAGCACGUGGGCGGGGAGAAAAUCUUAAUGACUUGUGUUGGCGUUGGAUUUUCCAAUAUUAGCAAAACCAUAAGAUAAGAAACAUCUGCAGACUUCAUGAAACAGCAUGACAGAAAACACUGCAAAGAUCUGACCAAACCUGCCUUUUCCUGUGUGCUUACUCUGGCCCAGGGAAAUGAGUGACAAACCCAGUGCAGAGGUACCCAGGCUUGCUUCAUGUAAGCAGUAAAGCUGACUCUAGGCUAUUUAGACUGAUGUUGUUUAUAAAUGCAGUGCCACUAUUCGCUGCUGCAUGGAAUAGCUGCCCAGAGUCUCAGCAGGCUUGGGACUCUUUGCACUGCGUUCCUCUGCAUGGAGCACAUGCCCCUUAUGUCCCUAUGUCCUCAUGCCUUAGUGCAGUGGGUGCUCUGCUUUGUAUCUACUUCACUCUUACCUUUUCUGAAAGAUUUAGAUAUGGAAAACAAGACCUCUUCAGUGAAAAAUAAACAAUCACAAUAGAAACUGUUACAGAUUCUUCAGGGAAUUGCAGAGACAAUAUUGGCAUGGAAAUAAAAUUCAAGGUGUGACAAUAACUUUUUGUUUAUACAUUGCAUGUGUGUGGGAUUCACCAAAUGCUUUGCUCCUGGCUACACUGACUAAAUUG